GACUAGUUUGUGACUUUGAUAGCGCUCUAUAUGGGCAACCGCUCGGUCACUGUCACGCGCCUUUUAGCUGCUUUUGUCCAGAGCUCAAAGUAAUUUUGGGGAUCCGGUCUCCUGACAGGUGCGCACGGUGCGCAGAGAGGAUGGGCAGACGUGAGGCGGACAGCAGAGGCGCAAUGAACACCAGCGACCGCUCCGAGCUCGGCUGUCUGCGGGACGAGGCAUCCAGCGGACACCGCGCCUGCAGAAACCCAGACAUGGAGGCGGUGGGCUCGGCAGCGGCUGCCACGGCACCGAUGGAGGUGAAGAAGCACCAGCACAAACACAACUUGAAACACCGCUACGAGGUGAUGGAGACUCUGGGAAAGGGCACGUACGGGAAAGUGAAGAAGGCGGUAGAGAGAGCGAGCCUGAAGACGGUUGCGAUCAAGUCGAUCCGCAAGGAGCGCAUCACCGAUGACCUGGACAGAAUUCACAUCCAGAGAGAGAUCGAGAUCACCGCCUCGCUCAGGCACUCCAACAUUAUUCGCUUCCAUGAGGUGUUUGAGAGCCGGGACAAGAUUGUGAUAGUGAUGGAGUACGCCAGCAGGGGAGAGCUGUACGAUUACAUCCAGGAGAGACGGAGACUACCUGAAACAGAAGCCAGAGACAUCUUCAGACAAAUCACAUCAGCUGUCCACUACUGCCACAAGAACGGUGUUGUGCAUCGAGACCUCAAGCUGGAGAACAUCCUUUUAGAUCAAGAUUUCAAAGUAAAGCUGGCUGACUUUGGCCUUUCCAAUAAUUUCCAGAGGGGCACUUUGCUGCAGACAUACUGUGGAAGUCCGCUUUAUGCUGCUCCAGAAAUAGUGAAGGGACUGCCCUACCAGGGGCCAGAGGUGGACUGCUGGGCACUGGGGGUCUUGCUGUACGCCCUGGUGUACAGCAGCAUGCCAUUCGAUGGGGCCAGUCACGCCACGCUCACAGAGCAGAUCAGCCAAGGUCGCUACCGCAGACCCAACCCCCCCUCAGACGCCUGCGCCCUUAUCGACUGGUUGUUGACAGUGCGUGUGGACGAGAGGGCUACGAUAGAGGACGUGGCCAACCACUGGUGGGUAAACUGGGGUUUUGAAGAGAGUGUGUGUGACUGCCCUUCAUCUCCACACCAAGAUUGCCCCUCCCCACUGCUGGCUCGGUACAUCGACUGGCAGAAUCGGGUCGCAGCUACCAGCAACAUGACUGUCGACCCAGGGUGCCUGUCCUCAGACUCCUCCUGUCCACCUCAGCCCUCUCCCCACCACUUUUAUUUCAGCUUACCUCUGAAGAGCGAUCGUGGAGGAGGAGGAAGGGUACGUGGAGGAAUGUCAAGCCUGAGGAAGUCACGCAAGGAGAACACAAUUCCCCAGACUGCACAUGGAGCUUGUGGUGAUGUUUGUGCAACAUCUGGCUCCUCGACUGUAAUAUCCUCUAUUUCCACCAUUGAAAGAAAGAAACCCAAAGGUAUUCUGAAACCCCAGAGGAGUUUUGACUCAGUCUUUCACAGCCCUCCUCAAGAAAACUCUCCCUCCCAACCGUGUAACGCUGCUUCUCAACCUUUUCGAACACAAACUCUUGCACAAACACAUGCAGAUGUCCUGUCCACAAGCCUGCCGCCUACUUCUACAUUCAGUCAACCCUCAUCCAAAAUGCCCAAGAAGGGGAUACUGAAGAACUUGUAUGGAGGGGAGUCGGGCUCACUGGACAGAAGGGUCUCAAGAGCAGAAGUUCAAGACGGGGCUGAUGCAGGUGAUCUGUGCUCCCACAAACAGCACACUCAUCGCCCUGCGGCAGAAGACAGCCCCACUAUGCGAACAGAGGCGGUAAGAAGAAGGAAAGGUAUUCUAAAACGUAACGGCAAGUUCUCUCGCAGCCUGGAUCUUCCUGAUGACCACCACCACCACUCAGCCCCCGCGAUGUUUCCAGAGGCUCUGCAGCAGCUUCUCCAGGCCACAGGGGGCGCCGAGGGUCGCCGCAGCAGACCCUCCAGUGUGGUGAGCGAGGACAGCCUCUUCUCCUCCGAUUCCUUUGACCUACUGGACCUCAGCGCCCAAUCCCGUCGCAGGUUUUUCUCCCGUGGGAUGCAGCACAGCGCCUGCAGUUCUGAGGAAGACUUGGAGGAGCUGAGAGCUGCAGAUGGCGAAGGACAGAAGGAAAUGCUAACAUAAGCUUAAAGAACAAUAGAGACCUGAGUUUGCUGAAAAACUGGGCUGAACACCAGUUCUUCAGUUCACUUUUCUGUGACAAUCAGUGCCUGGCAUCUUGAAAAGACUAAUGACCUGUGGAAAGGUUGCAUCUUGAGAACGAGGACCCAACUGUGCAUUGUACUGUCAAUGUAAAGCACCAUUUCUUGGCACAUUUGUCUGUACUGAAUGAUAAAUUAAACUGCAUUCAUUACCAUUUUAAUUGUAUUCUGAAUACAAGGUAAUGCAGAGACACCUGAUGGGAAUCCAGUGUCUGCCAAACUGCAGACGUGGGACUUAUGAAUGUGUCAGAAUGGACAGUCUGUUUAAUGAACUCACUAUGACCUCACCUACACCUGCUUUUCUGUUCAGAUGAGCUUUGAAAAUCUCACUUCACAUUUCUAUCAUUGUUU